CCGGUAGCGGUUUCGGACGUCAGAAAAACUCCACCAAUCAGCGGUGGGUUUGAAGAUCGCCACCUUCAGCCAUUCGGCCACCAUGUUCACGCUGCUCAAGGACAAAUGCUGCCGGUUCCUAUGCUGCCGUAAACCCGACACCACACGCGGCACUCCCGUCGGAGAAAAGAGAUCUAUCAAGGAUAUCUCCCCAGACACUGAGACCAGCGACGACGAGGAAACCAAACGUCGCAUCCGCGCGAGGAACCAAGGCCGUCGGCCAUCCGUGAGCUCGGGGUCAUUGAGCACAAAAGGCCCGGUGCCAGGGAAGAAGAUCGUCCCAAAGUCUCCCGAGACUGUUGAACGCAUCAAAGGUGCCGUGUCAUGCAACUUUAUGCUGAACGCGCUUGCGACGGAACAGCUCACAGACGUCAUCCUCGCCAUGGAAGAGCGCAAGGUGCGAGCAGGUGACACUAUCAUCAAGCAGGGGGACGAAGGCGAUUACUUCUACGUGAUCGACAGCGGCGAAUUCGAUGUCUUCACCCGCCAAAACGACCCCCCCACCGUGCCCGUGUUCCAUUACACGAACGGCGGAACGUUCGGUGAACUCGCGCUCAUGUACAACAGUCCCCGCGCGGCCACGGUCGUGGCGGUCACCGACGGUGCGCUGUGGGCUCUGGACCGUGACACGUUUCGACAGAUCGUCGUCACAGCCAACAAGGCGCGCUCCGAGCUCAAUCAGACGUUCUUGGCGGGCAUGGACCUGAUGGCGAAUUUGACGCGGCUGGAGAUGGCAACGAUUGCCGAUGCGUUGCAGCCCGUGACAUUUCACAAAGGUGACGUGAUCAUUGCACAGGGCGACGCCGACUACGCGUCGUUCCAUUUUUACAUUUUGAUCGACGGCACAUGCGACUUUGUCGCCGCCGCUGCCGUCAUUGGCAGCGUCGGUGCCGUGGGGUACUUUGGCGAAAAGGUGCGAAUAUGCACUACCUAAAUGGCAAGUAGUACUCAAUUCUGGACAAUACCCCCGUCCAUGCAGGCGCUGACGGAAAAGUCCAAGCGCGCCGUGAGUGUGGUCGCGACGUCGCCGGUCGUCAAGUGCCUGAGCAUGGACGUCGCAACGUUUGAACGGCUCAUGGGACCCUUCCAUGUCAUUUUCCACCGCAAGAUCCACAGCUACGCGCAUGCCACCGACAGCCACAACCACCAACGAACAGCUAGUAGAGGUAGUAGCAACGACUUGAGUCGAGUUUAGUGUGUGCCCAAUGGAGAGUACUGUAUGAUGGUGCGAUGCGGGGUGUAGUACAAGUGUGGUAGCAGUAGU